AAGGCGGAGUCAGUUUUGCCUAGCGUUCCGGCUCUUGCAGCGGGAGUGAAUGCAGGCGGCUGUUGCUCGCGCAUUUUUGUUUCCCUGGGAGUGAGCUUUGUCGCUGAGAACAUCUGGCUUGUUGCUACAAAGACUAUUGACAUUGGUGGCUUCAGCAGCGGCCGCUUAAGGUAGAGAUAGUUGCUUUCUGCAGAAGUUGCAGGCAUCAUUCCCUAGAAUUGCAAUAGGCUCGGCGCCCAUAGUGGGAGACAUGCCUCGGGGUCGGAAGAGUCGGCGCCGCCGUAACGCAAGAGCCGCGGAAGAGAACCGCAACAAUCGUAAGAUCCAGGCCUCAGAAGCUUCUGAGACCCCGAUGGCCACUUCUCUGGCCCCAGGGACCCCGGAGGACGACCUGAGUGGCCCUGAGGAAGACCCUAGCACUCCGGAGGAGGCCUCCACUACACCUGAGGAAGCCUCCAGCACUGCUCAAGUACAAAAGCCUUCCGUAGCCCGGAGCAAUUUUCAAGGCACCAAGAAAAGUCUCCUGAUGUCCAUAUUAGCCCUCAUCUUCAUCAUGGGCAACAGCGCCAAGGAGGCCCUGGUCUGGAAAGUGCUUGGGAAGUUGGGGAUGCAGCCUGGCCGGCAGCACAGCAUCUUUGGAGAUCCAAAGAAGGUCGUCACAGAGGAGUUUGUGCGCAGAGGGUACCUGAUUUAUAAGCCGGUGCCACGUAGCAGUCCCGUGGAGUAUGAGUUCUUCUGGGGACCUAGAGCACAUGUGGAAUCGAGCAAGCUGAAAGUCAUGCAUUUUGUGGCAAGGGUGCGUAACCGAUGCUCCAAGGACUGGCCAUGUAAUUAUGAUUGGGAUUCCGAUGAUGAUGCAGAAGUUGAGGCUAUCCUUAAUUCAGGUGCUAGGGGUUACACUGCACCUUAGGGAAAUCUGGAGCAGACACUUGAGGGGGGUUGGAAACAGCAUCAGAGGUACCCAAAGGAGUAGAUUAGCUGGGUGCUGAGUUGAAUAUGAUGGGAAAAGAGAGACAUUUGGUAUUUGUGAUCAGUGCUAAUUGUUAACUGCAAAAUAUUGUACAAUUGUAUACGUCUUAAUAUAGUGCUGAUGAAGGUCACAAUAUGAUUAAAAAUAUGAUUACAGAAAGGAUUUUUUUUCUUUUUGUCUGUCAUUGAGACUUAGUAUAACAGUUUUGCUACCCUUAUAAAAUGAGUCCAUCAUAUUCUGUGAUCUGGUAUAUAUUUUAUAUCAUUGAAAUAGGUAAUUCUGAAAAGUUUGAACUAAACCGGUAUGUGAGAGAAGGAUGGGGAAAUUCUUUUAUGUCUGACCUUUCUGAAACCUUUGUGUCUACUGUUGUAUAAAGAAAACUGACAACUACCAUAAAUUUCCUUAGCUACUGCACAAUAUAGAAAAAAAUAAAACUAUAAUGAUGAGGA